AUGGAGCGCGCAUAUGGCUGGAUCUAUGAUACCUGUGGUGGCAAUGAAUUACUUAUUCUCGCAGCUCCUGGCGUCUUAAUUGUGAAUACCUUCUUCUACUUUAUUAAUUCAUUUUUCAUCUUGAUCGAUUCGCUUGAUAUGAAAUGGAGCCGAACAUUCAAAAUUCAGCGAGAUAAAAAGCCGCCAUUCUGGAAGUACAUCGAAUCUCUCAAAUUGGUCCUCUUCAAUCAAUUCAUUACAGGAGUGAUCACCACGGCUUUAUUCUAUUAUCCAAUGAAAAUGACCGGUGUCUCGUUUGAGAAAAAACUACCUGGAAUUCUUACUGUGCUCUCCCAAGUUUUUUUUUGUACUCUGAUUGAAGAAAUCGGCUUUUACUAUACACAUAGAUUGUUCCAUCAUCCAAAAAUAUACAAACAUAUUCAUAAAAUUCAUCAUGAGUGGACGGCUCCAGUUUCCAUCACGAGCAUCUACUGCCAUCCUAUCGAACAUGCAUUGUCAAAUCUGGCUCCAGUACUUCUCGGUCCCACGCUUUGCGGUGCUCAUGUCACUACGCUGUGGAUUUGGGCAUGCGUGGCCGUGACGUCGACGACGUUCUCUCAUUCCGGUUAUCACUUCCCAUUACAACCCUCUCCGGAAGCACAUGACUACCACCACAAAGUGUAG